UAUAGUUUAUGGGCAGGUUUGAUCUUGGUGUUUGAUAAUGGGGUACUGUUUUUCUUGGUUUAGCGCAUUUGCUUUGACCAGAUUCGUUUAGCAACCUUGUUUUUCUUGCUCUCAUAUCAUCAUGACACACAAAACACUACCUCAUCCUUCUUCCUUCACCUAUGAAUGGACUUAUGAUGUCUUCCUCAACUUCAGAGGUGUUGAUACGCGCCACAAUUUCACUACUGAUCUCUACAGUUCUCUUACUGAAAGGGGUAUCCACACCUUCUUUGAUGAAAAAGGACUUAACGCAGGUGAAGAAAUCACACCAUCUCUUUUCCAAGCCAUUCAAGAUUCUAGGAUUUUCAUUGCUAUUUUCUCUAAGAAAUAUGCAUUCUCAACAUUUUGUUUGCGUGAACUUGUCAUGAUCCUUGAGUGCUCAAAGGCACAAGGACGGUUAUUUUGGCCUGUUUUUUAUGAUGUGGACCCAUCACAAGUUCGGCACCAAAGUGGAACUUAUGCAGAAGCUUUGGCUAAACAUGAGGAGAGGUUCAAGGAUGACAAGGAUGAGGUGAAAAAAUGGAGGGAUGCUUUACAUCGAGCUGCUAAUAUUUCUGGAUCUCAUUUCCAACACGGUUCUCAAUCAGAAUAUCAGUUUAUUAGAAAGAUUGUUGAAGAAGUCUCUAAAAAGGUCAAUCGCAGUCCGUUAUAUGUUGCUGAUAAGCCGGUUGCAUUAGAGCCUCGAGUGCUAGAAGUGACAUCUCUCCUAGGACUCGGGUCUGAUGAGGGAGUCAACAUGGUAGGCAUUCAUGGAAUCGGUGGGAUAGGGAAAUCAACACUUGCUCGUGCUGUGUAUAACUUGAUUGCUGAUCAAUUUGAAGGUUUUUGUUUCCUUGAUGACAUGCGAGAAAGGCCAAUUAAUAAUCAUGGUCUUGUACAACUCCAAGAAACACUGCUCUCUGAACUUCUCGGGGAGAAAGAUAUUAAAGUGGGAGAUGUUAACAGAGGAAUUCCAAUAAUAAAAAGAAGGCUUCAUCGAAAGAAGAUCCUUUUGAUUCUUGAUGGUGUUGACAAACCGAAGCAGUUAAAGGUACUUGCAGGAGGACAAGAUUGGUUUGGCUCUGGCAGCAAGAUCAUAAUCACAACAAGAGACAAGCAUUUGCUAGCUGCUCAUGGGAUUGUUAAAUCGUAUGAGGUUAAACAGUUAAAUGAUGAACAAGCUCUUGAAUUGUUUGGUUGGCAUGCCUUUAAAAAUAACAAUAUUGAUCCAAUUUAUGAGGAUAUUUCAAAACGUGCAGUUUCGUAUGCUCAUGGCCUUCCAUUGGCUUUGGAGGUGAUAGGUUCUCACUUGUGUGGCAGAAGUUUAGAUGUAUGGAAAUCUGCAUUAGAUAAAUAUGAAAGAUUUCCUCAUAAAGAGAUCCAAAAAACACUUGAAGUUAGCUAUGAUGAUUUGGACGAUGAUGAGAAGGGAAUUUUUCUUGACAUUGCUUGUUUCUUCAAUUCUUACGAAAUACGCUAUGUCAAACAAAUACUAUACUUGCAUGGUUUUCAUGAGGAAAAUGGUAUUCAAGUGUUGACUGACAAAUCUCUCAUAAAGAUUGACCGCAAUGGUUUUGUGAGGAUGCAUGACUUAAUUCAGGACAUGGGCAGAGAAAUCGUUAGGCAGGAAUCAGCAUUGGAGCCUGGCAGACGCAGUAGAUUAUGGUUUAACGAAGACAUUGUUCAUGUUUUGGAAGAUGAUACGGGAACUGACACAAUUGAAGCCAUCAUCAUGAACUUGUGCAAAGACAAAGAAGUGCAGUGGAGUGGAAAAGCCUUCGAGAAGAUGAAAAACCUGAGAAUUCUUAUAAUCAGAGAUGCACGCUUUUCUAGAGGACCUCAGAAUCUACCAAAUAGUUUGAGAGUGCUCGAUUGGAGUGGUUAUCCAUCACCAUCUUUACCAUCUGAUUUUAAUCCAAAGAAUCUUGUGAUACUUAGUCUGCCUGAAAGUUGCCUUAAAGCAUUUAAACCACUCAAGGUGUUUGAGUCGUUGAACUUUAUGGAUUUUGAAGGUUGCAAGUUCUUAACCGAACUACCUAGCUUAUCUGGAGUACCAAAUUUGGGGGCACUGUGUCUUGAUAACUGUACUAAUUUAAUUGAAAUUCAUGGUUCGGUUGGAUUUCUUGAUAGACUCGUGUUACUGAGUGCUCAAGGAUGCACCCAACUAGAAAUUUUGGUACCCUCCAUCCACUUGACAUCUCUAGAAACUCUGGACUUGAGGGGUUGUUCAAGUCUUGUGAGCUUCCCCGAAGUUUUGGGAAUAAUGGAGAAUAUAAGAGAUGUUUAUUUAGACGAGACUGCCAUAGUUGAAUUGCCAUUUUCAAUUGGAAAUCUUGUGGGGCUCCAACGAUUGUUCUUGAGGGAAUGCAAAAAGCUGAACCAGCUGCCAAAUAGUAUCCGUAUAUUGCCUCAACUGGAGAUAAUAAUGACUUACGGUCGUAGGGGUUUUCAAUUAUUUGAAGAUACAGAACAAGUGAGCUCAGAAAUGUUCCCAAAAGCCAUGCUUGUUUUUGAUACAGGCAAUUUGUUGGUACUUGAUGUGUAUUAUCAUAACAUAAACCCCAAUAGUGUUGUCAUAGAAUUACGUCCACCUCCUGCGGAUCCUGAUUUUGAAUCCUGGAGGGAUUCUUCCUUCUACAGAGAGCAGGAAAAGUCAAUGUGUUUCUGGUUCAGAAAGAAAUUCCCCAAGAUAGCUCUGUUUUAUUUUACAGAACCUCGCUUGUACGAAGACAAUGCGGUAUUGGAUUUCAAGUUCAGUGUAGUCAUCAAUGGCACUAAGCAAUUCAGUUCUUCAUGUAACUACAUAUUUUCCACACGAGGAAGGAAGACACUAACUCUUUGCUGUGAUCUACAAUGCAAAGUGGCGAGGGCAUUUUCAGAGCAUGAAUGGAAUGAAGUAGAGAUUUUUUGGGAGUUAGAAUACCUCUUGCCAUGUGAUUCUGAAAGGGUAAUGGGGACCCAGUGCGGGAUCACAACAUUGGAAGGUGUAGAUUUACCCUACAUUCAUGUCUACAAAGAAAACAACAUGGAGGAUAUCAAAAGCGAAGAACCAUCUCAUCUCCCUCCGCCAGCCUUACAGAGAAUUCAAAAGUUGAUAAUAAAGGAAACAAGUUAGGGAUUCCGACCCGUUGUCGAAUCUGCAUCAUCUUAUAAUAUAUUUGAUAUGGACAAUGAUGAUUUUCCCCCCAUAGUUUAUUCUAUGAAAUUCAUGUCACACCUAGGUCUUUAAUUUUUAUUUUUUUUUGGU